GGUGGUGGUGGUGGCGGCGGCGGUUGUUGUUGUCGGUGGGCGACAUGUUCCGAGCGGUGGGCAGUUGGUUCGGGCUCGAGCAGCAGAGCCCUCCCGGGGGAGAGGAGAGCGGCGGCGGCGGCGGGGGGGGGGAGCGGGGCGAGGAGCAGCAGCAGCAGCGCGGAGAGCAGGAGGAACAGCCGGCGCCAGAGGGUCAGGCCCUGGGGCUGGGCGAUUACCUGUUCAGUUUUGCCACUGCUGCUUCUAAAAAGAUAUCGGAAUCAGUUGUUGAAACAGCACAGACCAUAAAGAAAUCAGUAGAAGAAGGAAACAUUGAUGGUGUUAUUGACAAGACUAUACUUGGCGAUUUCAAAAAGGAACAAGACAAGUUUGUACAGGAAAAGAAUAUAAAGAAGACAGAUGCUGCAGUACCUCCAUGGGUUGGCUACAGUGAAGAAGAAACCAUUCAACAGCAAAUACUAGCCUUAUCAGCAGACAGAAGGAACUUUUUGCGAGACCCACCAGCAGGAGUCCAGUUUCAUUUCGACUUUGAUCAGAUGUAUCCAGUUGCAGUUGUAAUGCUUCAGGAAGAUGAGCUACUUAACCGAAUGCGCUUUGAUCUUGUUCCAAAGCUUGUGAAAGAAGAUGUAUUCUGGAGGAAUUAUUUCUACCGAGUGUCACUUAUCAAACAAUCAGCACAGCUCACUGCCCUGGCUGCUCAACAGCAGGCAGUUGACAAAGAGGACAGAGAUGAUAACAGUCAAGAUGAAGCUCAUUUGACAGAAACAAUACGGCCCAAAACACCACCUUUUGCGAUCAAAACUCAAUCGAAACCUAAUGAGGAGGAAGAAGAGAUUUCCACAAGUCCAAGUGCCACAGAAUUCAUAAGUGAUGCAUACGAUACAUGCAAUUUGAACCAUGAGGAUCUGCGGAAAGAAAUUGAGCAAUUGGUGCUGGAUAACAAGGAAGAGGAAGCUGGGAAGGAAGAGGUGCCUCGUGACUGGGAAGAUGAGCUACAACAGGAGCUUCAGGACUAUCAUGUGGUGGUUGAGUCAGAAAGAGCAGAUGAAAAUUGGGAUAAAGAAAUCGAAGAAAUGUUGCAAGCAGAAGGAUGAGCUGCAUCGUCCAUUCGGUUCCUUUUGUUUUCACCAACGUGACUGAUAUGAAUUUAUACUUCUGUUCUUUCGAGGACAUUUGAGACCAUAAGUUGUAAUAUUGAUUUGGAAUAUCCAAAUUCUGAAUGAAAUGGACUUUGACAACAAUAUGUGUUCUCAUUUGACCUUUGCAGCCAAAUAAGCAGCAUAUGAAUACAACUUGAUUUGUGAUCAUGUGGGCUUCUUCCCCAUUCCUUGGGUUUGUACUUGCAUACCAGAGUUGUUAAUGUAUUUGUGGAGCUGUGCAAGUCAAAAUAAAAGUGAAUGUGGAUAAGCCUGACCUGGGCGUAGACAUCCUGCACUAUCCUUCAUUUUAUUUCUGUUCUAAAAUAUGAUACAAUUAUAAGCAUAUUAUUCCUUGGCAAGCUAGCGCUAGAUUUGCCAACAUUUUGUAGUAAUGGAGUGUAAAAGCAUGAAAGGUGAAGGUGUACUUUGUUUAAAAUAUUUGUUUAAAGAAAGGUAGUCUUUGAAAAGAAGUACAAAUGUUCUUACUGAGUUCAGAUCAACUCAUUGUGGGUUUGAAAUUUGGGAACUUGCACUAAAUCAAGAUAAAACUACAUUCAAAUAUUUGUUCACCAUCAUAAUGAAUCUUAGCCAGAUAUUUCCAUGCUUUGCAAUUUAGUAAUAAGUUACCUAAAUGGUAUGAUCUUGUAGAAGAAUCUGGUUCAGACGAUGAAUGACUUUUUAAAUGACAAACUAGAAAAAAAAGUAAUAUCGUAUUUAGCUCUUAACAUAGUUGCACGACUGCAACCCCACAGUUAUUUAUAAUUUUGCUUUUGUUAUUUAUAUUUUUGAUCAAACAAAUUCUAAAUGGUUUUGAUUUUUUCAUCUUAGAUUGUAAAGACCAAAGUUGUUUUUUCACACAUUACUAUUAAUUUGAAUUGUCACAUUGCAACAUCCAUCUUAAAAAUUUAAUUUUCUUGAUUCCUAACUAUAUUUUCACCUGUUUUGUGCUUCAUAACAUAGUCAGAUAAAGAUUGAACAGAAAGAUUGUGCAGUUAUGCUGUGCAAUGAUUUUUUACAAUGUCAUCAAAGAGGGUAGUUGAUUGUGGUACAACAGUGCACAAUUAAUGUCACAGGACAAGGACUUAUACACACCACCAAGGCAACUGAGGAAUUCUUGUAUAUACAUUUUCCUCUUAUUUAAAAAAAAGGUUAUUGGGCAAUUCAGUACAAUAUAUUUUAAGUUUAUAACAUUGAUCUGUAAAUGAUUAACCUUAAUUAUUUGAUUCCUUUUUAAGCUGUAGAAAAUUGUUCCAAGCAGAAUCUAACUCAGUUUUACAUGUAUCAUUUGAAAGAUAAAUAAAAAAUUCUUGAUUUUUAAGAGAA